ACCCCGUACGUCGUCGCAGUAACGCGCACGUCGUCGUUGGCUCACCUGGCGACUGCGCGCCCGAGCGCUACUCUAUUGCCAAGACCACAUCGUUCCUCUUCCUCCCCACUCUAGCUUACCUAUCUCAUUCUGCUACCUUCUACCCCACUCUUUUCCCUCCUUACAAUAUAUGCGUGAGACGGAUAUUACAGGAAGGUAGGGGAAUCGAAACCGCGGAAAUUUGACGCAUGGAAAUAAGUUUUACUCAUUUCUCCUCUCUUGCAUUUUGAUCGAGGACAAGUUAACGUUACUUUGAUAUCGAUGCAUUGAAAUUUGAAAAUUCGAAGGGAAAGGCAAUGAUUAAGCUGCCAGGUGCUUCUUAGACGUUUCAACUCGAUUCUCGGCAAGGCUAACGAUCCGUUAGAAGAUUAUCCUAGCGUACAAUUUCUAAUCUUCCCCUUUUCUUCUCUUUCCUUUCCUUAUUUCUUGUCUAAACUCUUUCUUUCUUUUGCUUAUUUUUUUGGAGAGAGAGAGAGAAAGAACAAAUGCCGCAGGGACGCUCGAAAGGCUGCCGAUUUUCCACGCUCAAAGUAAGAGGGAAAGAAUUCGUCUUCCAAGACAAAAUGGCGAUCGAAAACGUGGCGGCGUUCUCGGUGGCGUUCUCAGCGGCGUUCUCAACGGAUAGGAAGCUCCCCAAUGUCGCAGGUUAGACAGCAAUCGAAAGAAAUAUCUAAUAGACUUUUGGAAAGAGCCAAAAAUAUUGCGCAACAAGAGUUGGGAAAAUUAGAAAAAGAUGACAAAUACGAACUCAAACGUCUUCACGAGAGAAAAAUUAUGGAGAUUCAAGAAAAGUAUCAAGAAGAUAUGGAAAAUAUCGGUCAGGCACACUUGGCUGCUGUUUUAGAAUCAGAAACGCUUGCAGAUUUAGAAGAUGAAACUGAUAGAAAUAGGGAAGCUGCAUUGAAAAGAGGCAAGGAAGCUUUAGAACUAUUGAAAAAAGUGCCAAAGGAUGACCAACAUGCUAUGCAUCGACAAAGAUUGCAGCAGGUUAGAGAAUUGGAAAAUAAAAGAUCAUCUUUAGUAGCUGAACUGUCUAAAAAGUCUGCCAGCCAGGACGAUUCGUGUAGAAAUUUGAGUCAAGAGAAUGGAACGUCUUGUCAACAAGAUCAAACUUGUGAAAAUCUAAAUAAAUCUGCUAAAAAGAAAAAACUUAAAAGACUUACUUCUAAUAAAUCUCCUGUAAAAAAAACCAGAAUCAACGAUAAGAUUAACAAAGAAUCUCAAGGAAGUCUUUCACCUAGACAAAAAAUUCACCUGCAAAAUGAAGCAUCGCAACAAUGCGUUAUUACCAGUAAAUCUGACAAAAAAUUACAAAAUAUUGAUAAUAUUGAACAUACGGAUCAUAUAACUCAGGACGAUAAAAGUCCACGUGAGACGGUACCUAUCUUAACCAUUUCUACGAAAGCACAAAAAUUAACAAAAUAUAACCCAGGAGAUUACGUACAAGAUUCAUCGGAUUUACUAAGCAAUGACAGUCCUUCGCUAAGCGAUGACUCUUCAUAUUUUUCUGAUGUGUGCGAUCAAUCAACUUGUAUUAGAACUCCGAAACAUCAUACAUCCUUAAGAGAUAGUAAAGUGCAAUUGUAUGAUCAUAGUACACGUCAAAGAAACAAUUAUAAUAGACCUCUGGACGUAGUCGAAAGAUUAGAUAUAAGAAACGAGCCAAAUGCAAUAGAUGCAGCUAAAGAGGUAGAACGUAAAGAAAGUAUUGAAUCUCAUGCGACUGAAACUUACAAACUAGCUUCUCAGAAACGAGGUGAUGAUGCAAUUUUACGAGAAAAAGUACGAUCCGACUACCAAACGCUUAUGAAAAGUUUAGAUCAUCUCUCGUCCGAAGAAAGAAAAUUAAAAGCCAGCGAUGUUCAACGUGAUCCAAUGAAUGAUGUAGAGUUACGAACAUUUCGUAGGAAAGAGUUACAAAAAGAACAGAAAAAAAAGUUACAUCGAAAAUUUGAAGCUAUGGCAGAAAAAAGUUGCUGCGCAAGCCAUUGUCCAAAUCUUAUGGAGAGAAUAAUUACCCUUGAAACAGAUAAACAAUCUGAAAAUCAUAAUAAAAAGGGAGAAGGUGUUUGGAAAGAAGCACAUUUUGUUGAGCCUCGUGUACCAGUAGUUAAGUCACCAAAAAGCAAGGAUAAAAGGCGAGAAAUAUCACGCGACGAAUUAAUACUGAAUAUGUUGAAAAAAGUUGAGAGACAAAAGAUGUUAUUGUUAAAAGAAUUUGGUGCGAGCUUGCCAGAUGACAUUUAUUAUGCAAGUAUGACAUCCUUGACCGAACCUGACAAAUCUGACGAGCCUCAGAAGAAAAUACAACGAGAGACGUGUUUAUCUCCCGAAGUAACAUUAAUAAACAUGUCCAAUGGAGAAAAUAAUAAUGAGGUCAGUAAGAAAGUGAAAAAAAGGAGCGAAACAACAAAAUGUGAAAUGGCUGUACAAACAUCAACAUUAGAAGAUGCUGGUAUUUCUGAGGAUAAAGGUAUUCAAGUAGAAAUCAAAUCUACGUGCAACGAUGCAACCAGUGCAUUAAGCACUAACGAAGAACUUUCUACUAAACAUUAUCCGAUAGAGCCAAUAAUUACAGUCAUUAAUCCUGAAGAAGUAGAAAAUAGUAGUAGUGGUUCUAAUAAUUCUAUGAUUACUGGCGUAAUCAUUGACAUCGAUAAUAAAGAGGUCAAAGUUACCCCAAAGAAAAAGAAACGCUCAUUGAAAUUAUCUAAACGAACGUCAAUGAGGGCAAUGGAAAAAUCGCACUCGGUGCCACCGAGUAAAACUUCUUCUCCCGUCAAAAAAUCUUCUAAAUCCUUACCCAGCUCGUGUCGUAGCAGUCCACGCAAAAUGAAUAUUCAUUUGAAAAAUAAGGAUUUGGAUUUGAUUAAGGUAGAUCCUCCUAAAGACAAAAAACCAAUAAUAGACAGUAGCACGGAUAGUUCUGCAAUGUAUUCUUCAUUAAAUACACAAAAUUCAUCUGUACGUGAACCAUACGACAUUCCCGUUAUGAAAUCUAAAAAAGUAAUCAAAGUAAGAGAUAUUUCAGAUACUUCUACGUCAUUUGCUAGUCCACCACCUUUGGCACCUAAGAGACCAGUCGGUACUGCAAGUAGUAUUACACCAAUUUUAGAAAUGUUAGAUUUUUCAACGCUCAGUGCUAUAGAGAGAGCAAAAAGAGAUAUCAGUCCUGUAUCGACACCAGAAACUCCUUCUCCUCGCACUAUGAGGAUACCUUCCAAUAUACCUCAUACUGAGAAAAUUGGUAAGGUACUUAGAUAUGGCGAGGAACUUGACGAAACAACUACAACAACAACAACAACAACUACAACAACAUCUUUUACCAACAAAGAUACUUAUUCGCCUAUUUAUGAAAAACAGAAAGAUAUGUCAUCAGCGCAAGAUCUUUAUCCGCAAUAUUUACCAACUUUAUCUAAAUCGUGUACUUGUCAAAAUCCUCAAUGUAAAUUAUUACACGUUAAACUUGAAGAUAUUCAAGAUUUUGCUCUCAAGAAUUGUCCAGAAAUUCUAAAGAAAUAUGAAGAUCUUCAAAAUACUUAUACCAAGAGAAUAGCUUCUUUGACUGAUCUUAUAGAAAAAGUUCGAAGCGAGCAAAGAGGUAUGGAACUUUCUGUAAUAAGUCCUCGAGAUGAAAUGAAUUCUACAAAGAUACAUCCAGAAAUGCAAAGUAGCAUAAAGAACGUUGAAAGAUUGGUAGAAAAUAUAGAAGCAAUACAUCAUCAACUUGCUAAAACUCUUAAUGAAUCACAGAAUGCUAUUAUGAAAGGUGAAGCUAUUAAUAAAGAUCUACUUAAACAUAGAGAAAAUCAAUCAGUACAUUUCCAAAGUAAAAGUAAAUUGGAUCAUUCGGUAAGUACAACCGUUGAACAUAUCAGCGAUAAACUUACCUCGUCUAAAGCUAUAAUAUCAUCGUCUAAGCCACGAAUAUUAAAAGAUGAAAAAGUAAAUAUAAAGCUGAACAGAUUUCAAAUGCCUCAUAAAUCAUCGGCAACUAUGACAACUGUAAUACCAGAACGUAAUUCGUGGCCUCCAGUUAAAAUUCCAACUCAAGACGAUAAUACAAUCGAAGAACUUUCAAAAGAGAUUUUAGAACAAAGUAGAAGUAAAUCGACUGGCAUGCCUGUAUUUAGAAAAAUUGCUCAAUAUAAAAAUACAGAUAUAUCUUUACCUACAAAAUCUGAUAGUUCCAAGUCGACUGGUAGUCCUUCCAAAAAUGGGAGGAAUAAUAUUCCGGCGCAAACUACUGACAUUAUUGUCGAGUCGGAGAAAGAUGUAGUUUUCGAAUCUGAACCUGUUGGUAUACCUAAAAUGUUACCAUCUUUGGCCUGUGGACAUCGUACAAAUGGAAGAGAUAAGCCACCGGUUACCUUACACACUGGACUUUAUAAAACAGAAAUCGAAUCUAUAGGCCAUGAAUUGUCAACGAUAAUAGAAUUUGAUACGCCGGAUACAGGGAAUAAAAGUCACAUGACUAUGAAAAGUUGUAUGGCCAAAUCAUUAGUGACGGACGAAUUGCAGAGAGAAAAAUCAGCAAUUAAAAAAUCAGUGGAAGUACAAACAACGAAAUCAUCGGUCACUGUUAAACCAUCUAUUCACGUAGCACCCUUAUCCAUUCAAGGUCCUUUAGAUAAGAAAAUUGGUCAAGCUUCUUCAUGUUGUUUCACAAAAAAGUCGACUGGAGAGAUGUUCACUUCUACAUUGCAAGAAGACGAACAGACGACAAAUCUUUCGCGAAGAACACCAACAAAUGAGGAGAUGCAUCUAGAAUAUCGAAGGACAGAUAAUGCGACAGAUGAUGCGACAGAUAAUGCGACAGAUAAUGCGACAGAUAAUGCGACAGAUAAUGCGAUUGAAUUGGAAGAUUCGGUUAAAGAGAAAGUUAACAAACAAUUACAGUGCAAUACGUCUGACAAAGAAACAAAAGGGGUGUUACAAGAAAGAUUCGAAAAAGAUAAUAAAGCGUCUUCUACCAGUUCAAAUAGUUUUUGCGAAUUAUCUGGAAUUUCGGAAAUUACUAGUACACCAUCCUCGAGUUUACUUAAAUACGCUUCGUCCGAGGAAAUGGAAACAGCGCUAAAACAAUUAGGUCUUAGUUGGGCUAUAACUACUUUGAAAAAAACACGAGAAGCAAGUGCUCUAAGUUCAUCCUCUAAUUCGGACGUAACCCCUUUAAAUACUGCUAGGAGAAUCAUUUCUCCAAAUAAAAAACACGUUGAUCCUAAGCUUGUAAAUUUAUUCGAUUUUAGCGAUGUAUCUUCUAUAUCUAUCAAAGAAGCUAGUAAAAGUACGGAACAAGCGGUUCUAUUUAAAGGUAGAACCUCGACGCCCAAGUUACAAAAUUCGAAUUCUAACACCGAUAAAUCUAACUCUCUUCCUACUAAUUCAUCUGGAAUAAGUUUUCAAGAACCUAGCGAUAGUUUAACAGUUCCGAACGUAUCGCUUAUUAAAACAAAACAACCUAACAACACCCGACAAUCGAAAUACCCUUGACAUAACUAUUAUUAUAUUGCAUA